AUGCCCUCCUUUUCCCUCAAGACGGCGGCACUGGCUGCCCUAUCCUUCUGUUCUCUUCUAGCCACGGCUAGUCCAAUCAAGAGUCUUGCGCAAGUCACAUCGAGACACGAGCAGCAAGAUGUCGACAAGCGCCAGGGUUCUGGCUACAAGAACAUUGUAUACUUCACCAACUGGGGUAUCUACGGCCGCGACUACCAGCCCGCCCAGCUGCCCGCGUCCAAGAUCACCCACGUGCUCUACUCAUUUGCCAACCUCCAGGCCGACGGCACCGUCUAUCUGUCGGACACAUACGCCGACCUAGACAAACACUAUCCUACCGACUCAUGGAAUGACGUGGGCACCAACGUGUACGGCUGCGUCAAGCAGCUGUUCCUGCUCAAGAAGGCAAACCGGCAGCUCAAGGUGCAGCUGAGCAUCGGGGGGUGGACGUACUCGACCAACUUCGCGUCGGCGGCUUCAACGGCGGCCAACCGGCAGCGGUUCGCGUCAACGGCGGUGCGGCUGCUGGCCGACCUGGGCUUCGACGGCCUCGACAUCGACUGGGAGUACCCGGCCAGCGCGCAGGAGGGGGCCAACUACGUGCUGCUCCUCCAAGCCGUGCGAUCCGCCCUCGACAGCUACUCGGCCCAGUACGCCGGCGGCUACCACUUCUUGCUGACCGUGGCCAGCCCCGCCGGCCCCGUCAACUACAACAACAUGCAGCUGAGCGCCAUGGCCGGCGCCAUCGACUGGUUCAACCUCAUGGCCUACGACUACGCCGGCGGCUGGGACACGGUCGCCGGCCACCAGGCCAACCUGCACCCCAACGCCGGCAACCCGGCCUCAACCCCCUUCUCCACCGACCGCGCCGUGUCCGACUACCUGGCGGCCGGCGUGCCGGCCGCCAAGAUCGUGCUGGGCAUGCCCAUCUACGGGCGCUCGUUCGCCGGCACGUCCGGGCUCGGCCAGUCCUUCACGGGCGUCGGUGGCGGCACGUGGGAGAACGGCGUGUACGACUACAAGGUGCUGCCGCAGGCGGGCGCGACGGUGCUCUACGACGACGCGUCGGGCGCCACGUACUCCUACAGCGCUUCGUCGCGCGAGCUCGUGUCGUACGACACGCCCGACAUGGUCGCGCGCAAGGUCGCCUACCUCAAGGGCCGCGGGCUCGGCGGCAGCAUGUUCUGGGAAGCGUCGGCUGACCGCACUGACGGCGGCAGUUUGAUUGCUACCAGUUUCAGCAGCCUCGGCGGCAUCGACUCGUCGCCCAACCAGCUCAGCUUCCCCAACAGCAAGUACGCCAAUCUCGUCGCGGGCUUUGCGUGA